ACAGUACAGCAACUUGCCAGCUUGACGAUCGUGCAACGAUCGAGAGAUUUUACGGAAGUGUGCAUCCACAAGAUCCCGGGCUAAUGUCGCCAGGUGAUAAUGGAGGAAGCGAACUGACCAGCACGACCUUCGUUGGGUUCGUGCCUGAAGCUAGAGGCGCCGAGAGGAGAGGGGCGCCGAGACUCUCUCACAAGAAAAGCAGGACGGGCUGCCAACGAUGCAGGACUCGGAGAGUUAAGUGUAAUGAAGUCCACCCAAUAUGUGGCAACUGCCACCGGCAUAAUGUCCCAUGCGUUUACGAUCAUCUCAGGUCCAGGACGCCCACCGGCUAUCAAGAACCUAAUAACGUCAGCGAUGUCACUGCCGGACCAAACAGCAGCCUUGAAAGUGGUACGGCCAUCACGAACUCAGAGCAUUUAGAGUCUGAGGGACGGCGUCUUCUCGAACUCAAGCUGCUCAGCCAAUGGAUGAUGAAAACAGCCUUAUCAUUUCCGGGGACCCAUGAGAAGUCCUAUAGAGAGGCAAUGACGCACGGAGCCCCCGAGUUGGCGCUACAACACCGUGCACUCUUGUACUCGAUGUUCUCAUUCUCUGCACUUCAUAUAGCCAAAACCUCCCCAUUUCCCAACCAAAGACUAGAAUUUAUGGAUGUUCAUCGCAGGUAUCUAGGCCUGGCUCUCCAAGAACACCGUCUCGACAUUGAAAACCUCGGCAAAGCCAAAGCGGAUACUGUCUGCAUGACCUCAAGCCUAAUUCGGAACUGCACGCAAGCCGUCCUUCAAGAUCGUCCGUUGCAUCCGUACACGCCGCCAACGCAAUGGCUCCAAAUGAUGAACGGCUCAGGCGACGUCUUCAAGACGGCAUGGGAUUGGAUCGGUGAUGAUGAUUCAUCAAUAGCGAGAAGAGUCGCACAGCAUGGUCCCGAUUUAUCGGAUCUGUCAACGCUGUUUGGCGAGAGUAAUCUCCAGGUUUUCAUCCAUCUCCUCCGCCGCAGCCCUGUAGAUGAGGAACAAGAGCCUUGGAACCCCGAGAUCCAGAAAGCAUAUGAGUUAACGCUCAGUUAUAUCGGCGGUGUGCAAAUGGCACUCAAUAAGGGCGAAACGCCAGGCAAUCUUUGCAGGAGACUGGUAGCGUUCCCAAUGUUCAUUCCGAAACGAUUCAUUGGCUUGGUGGAAGAGCUGCAGCCAAGGGCACUGGUGGUGCUCGCUCAUUAUUAUGCGUUUCUGGCCAGGUUGAGGGAUACGUGGUGGAUUGGGGAUAGUGGACGACGGGAGAUUUGUGCGAUUAGGUCAGUAUUGAAGAAUGAGUGGGUGGAGCUGCUGAACUGGCCGCUGUUGGCCAUGGAAGAAACAAGUGUAAUGGUGCCAUGGGAAUAUAAUUGAGUGGGCGUACAUGUGUUGUACAUAGUGAUGAACAUAACAACAGGAUUUGGAGUGAUGGGUAGCAGAGAAUUUCACAAUCAGAGUAUGAAGUCAGGGACAGGACGACGGGGAAUUUCUGUUUAUGAAGAGCAAGGUAAUAUCUCGCUUGAGAUAACGUAAAACUAUAACCUAUAGGAAAAUGAUAGAACGGAUAAUGUCCAUUGUCAAGGGG